AUGCUCAAAGUUUUUGUUCUGUUAAUAAUUUUGUCAUAUGCAUCCCCUUGUGAAAGAUUUACGUUUGAAGAAGACUUCGACGAGCUAUUUUCAACAGGUUUGGGGUUCUGUUCAUUCAUUGAUGGGACAUGGGUAAUUGGAACUUUUGAAAGUAUGAACAUGGAAGGUUUCCACGAGCGUAGUACACAGUUUAUAUAUCCGAAUGAGCAAACUAGCUGCGUCUCAUCGCCAGCUUUUGAUAUGGAUCCUGGUGGUAUUAUUGAAGUGAACAUAUUUAUGACUAAUCACGUGGCUAAUGAUCUAAUACAGGUUAUGGUGUUGGAAGGUUAUGCAGAAGUGGGCAUCGCUACCCAAUGGGGACAUGACUUUGCUGGAGGUUACGGCACUAUUCAAAUUACUAUAGUCAAAAGCUCACCAUUCAGGGGAGUUGUGAGUAUUAUUUUUUAG